AUGGCUUCCCAAGCAGAAUCCAGACCACCAAUCCUUGACUGGCCCAACGAGGCCGGAUUCCAAACCCUUCACGAACAACAUGACCCCACCUCCCUCCCAAUCACUGGCUCCAUCCCCGCUUACGCGGCAGGAGUCCUGUACCGCACAGGGCCCUCAAGCUACAAAGUUGGCAAGUUCUCGUGUUCCCACUGGUUCGAUGGCUUCGGUCAGACGUAUCGAUUCGAGAUAAUCGCGGAGGAAGAUGGAACUACGAGAGUGGUUUAUAAUUCUAGGAAAGCGAACGACGCUUUGAUUGACAGGGCGAGGAAGGCGGGGAGCGUUGGUGGGAUUACCUUUGGGCAAAGACGGGAUCCUUGUGUUGGUAUUUUUGGGAAGGUGUUGAGUAUCUUCCGCCCAGCACCAAGUAAAGAGAGUAAUGAUCCGAGCUUGGUCAACGUGGCCGUGACACUCAGACCAGACAUGCCCGGCCUCCCUUCUCUUCCACCUUCAAAAAGAGAAAUCGGCCAUUCGCCAAAUAUAGGCAUCAAAAAUCUCUGGACAGGCACCGACAGCGCCCGUUUCAAACAACUCGAUCCCCAAACCCUCGAACCCCUUGCCACCUCCUCCCAAAAAUCACUGCAUUCCCGUCUCAAAGGUCCCCUUUCAGGCGCUCAUUCACAAACCGACCCCUUGACGGGAGACGUCUUCAACUACAACCUCGAGCUCGGUCUCCAUGCAACAUACCGAAUUUUUCGCACCUCGGCUUCCACUGGCGAAACUGAGAUCCUUGCCACCUUCCCGUCCAAGGCAGCAUACAUUCAUUCCUUUUUCUUAAGUGAGGAUUAUGUCACUUUGGCAAUAUGGUCCUCACGGUACGAAAAAAACGGCCUCAAGAUCCCCAUCGAGCAGAAUAUCCUCGAAGCUAUCUCCCCGUUCUCCCCAUCCAACCUCACACACUGGUACGUUAUCGACCGUCGCCAUGGCCACGGCCUGAUCGCGGAAUUCGAAUCCCCAGCUGCGUUUUCCUUCCACUCCAUCAAUGCUUGGCAGGAAACGAAUGAUGAAGAAGACAUGGAUAUCUUGGCGGAAUUAAUCGAGUUCGAGAAUUUGGAUGUGUUGCAUAAGUUUUAUUAUGAGAAUUUGACCAGUGAGGGGAAGAAUUCUGUUUCCUUUGAUGCUAAGUUCGGGCAGACAUCGACGCCGAGAUUGGCGAGGUAUCGACUUGAGAACAUCCCAGCGAAACCGCUGAAACGAUCAAGCCAUUCUUCUUCUAAGGAGGCCAGGAAAGCAAAGUUGGAAUUGACAGUGGAGAAGUCGAAAGUCGGAGAACUACCCACUAUCAAUCCGAAGUUUGUUACAAGGCAGCAUCGGUAUGUGUAUGGGGUGGUGAAUAGAGGGUACUCGAGCUUUUUGGAUGGGAUAUGUAAGACGGAUACCAGGACUGGUGAAGCUCUGUUCUGGGAUGACCGCGGAUGCACACCUGGCGAGGCGAUUUUCGUUGCCAAUCCCGCCGGAGACGGGGAGGAUGAUGGAGUCUUGAUGAGUGUUGUGCUUGACGGAAAGGCGGUGGGGAAGGAGAGAAGUUUUCUGCUGGUGUUGGACGCGAAGACGAUGAAAGAAAUGGCGAGGGCGGAGGUGAAUGGUGUUGUUGGGUUGGGGUUUCAUGGGGUGCAUGUACAGCAAAGCGAGAUCAAAGUCUGA